AACGCUUGAUAUUAUCAAUACAACGAGAAUAAAAAAUUUCCCAUCACAUAAGCCUAGAUUUUUUUUGUCUGUUUUAGAAGGCAAGAUCUAGAAGUUGGCUUAGUUUGGUCCGUAAUUCAGAAUCCAAGAGUCCAUGCCGAUAUAUUUUUCGGAGAGUGUUAUUAUUGCGUCAUCUGUCCCCUAUUCCUUCGCACGGUCUGUCACUUUGCCAAACUUGUAGCGUAAAAUAGAAAUAUCUUCUUCGUGGACUGUCUAAAAUUAGUACAGUAGUGAAUCUACGUUCGUAGCCGUUUUUCAUUUAUUGAACAGGUCAUCAAGAUCUAUAGGACCAUGGCUUCCAUUUUCCAAUGACAAAGAAACAGGUUAGUCAGGAUAAAAAUGGAGGAUAAAGAACAAAUGGUAGAUGGAGACGAUGAUGCUAUGGAAUCAGAACUGGAGGGGAGUGAAAAGCCUGAGGGAGGGUGGGGUUGGGUGGUUUGUUGUGGUACCUUCAGCGUCAACUUUAUAGUGUUCGGUAUUCAUAACUCAUUUGGUGUGGUGUACGAGUACCUGGUAGAUGAACAUCACAUGGGGGAAGCUGAGACAGCUUGGGUUGGUGCAAUGGCUGGUUCCCUUAACUUCUUGUGUGGUCCACUGACAAGUAUUCUUUGUGAUCGCUUUGGAUUUCGUCGAGUAGCAUUUGUUGGGGCCCUUCUAUCUGUGACUGGACUUUUUCUUACGUCACUUGUGACUAGCUUGCAUUACAUGUACCUCACUUAUGGACUUCUUUGGGGGGUAGGGUCCAGUCUUUCCUUUGUACCUUCCAUUGUGAUGUUAGGUGAAUACUUUGAUAAAAGACUGGCACUAGCCAAUGGAUUAGGUACAAGCGGGAGUGGAGUGGGUUCAUUGGUAGCCUCACCUGCGAUUAACUACUUACUGCGGGUCCUUGGAUGGAGUAACUCUCUGCGCAUACUCAGUGGGGUUGCAGCAUUUCUUGUUGUGGCAUGCUUCCUCUAUAAACCGGUAAAAACAAGACGGCGUGAAAGAGCCGUGACAAAACAGUGCAGCCAGUUGUGUGACAUUUCAAUUUGGAGGAACCGGCCUUACGUAGCCUGGGUACUAACAGUAGCGUUAUUCCAGUUCGGAUAUCCAGUCCCUUUCGUCCAUUUGGUGAAAUACGCCGAUGACCUUGGUAUCCCGCCUUCCAAAGGAGCAUGGCUGGUCGGAUUCCUUUCCAUCAUGUCUACUGUGGGGCGUGUGAUUUUCGGAAAGAUCUGUGAACUGCGAUGGGUCAACAAGGUUUAUGUUUACCAGUUUUCAGUGUUUACCAUAGGACUUAGCACGAUGAUCUGUCCAAUCACAGAGGGGUAUGCGGGUCUCGUGACCUACUCUCUUGUGUUUGGUUUUUUCGAUGGAUGCUUUGUUGGGCAAGUGGCUGUAAUCACCGGAGAAAUUGCAGGAAAGAACAGGCUUUCGCAAGCAGUGGGAAAUAUGUUUGGGGUUUUGGCCAUCCCUAUGAGUUUUGGACCGCCGGUCGCAGGCUGGCUUUAUGAAGCUACAGGCUCUUACCACCAAGCAUUCUUUGUGUGUGGGAGUGUGGCCAUCAUGGCUUCUCUACUUGUUUUCGUCGUGUCUCGCUUAGAUCGAAAUCAAAAAAGAGGAAGUAAAAAUACGGACUUAAACAAUGUAUGCAGGUAUGAAGUGAGUUUUGAAAGUGAAAUGUCUACCAUACUUGGAGAGAAAACAUCCCGUGAAGUCCUCAUCGUCACAGACAAAGAAACUGUUCUGUACGAGAAAAAGGAACAGGGAAGGGAGGGUGAGGAAGAAGAUGGGGUUGGGAAAGGGUUUGGGGUAGUCUUGUACCCAGACCUUCAACGGCGAAACGGUCAAUUGCAGUCUGGGCUCGAGAUUGGGUGGAUGCGUCUGCGCGUUAAGAAGAAACAGCUACGUUCAAUUUUCCUGGAGCUUCGCUCGGAAAACUGUUCGCGUCUCGGAACAGAUAAUGUUCGCGGAGAAAUAUCCGUUCACAUUUCGCGCCAUAUGGAGGUUUUUGUUUAUCAUGACCAUAAUUUUACAGACGUGCGUAGCGUAGCACCCGGUAGCCACAGGGGGGCUCAAAAAGAGAGCCUUCUAGUGAUAUACGACAAUCUGAUCAAAAGUGUCUGGGUGGUUUCUCAUCUAUAUCCUGAGGAACACAAUGAGAUUCACCAGCUAGGUUCGGGUUGUGAAUCGAUUUACUGUGAUCGAGAAAUGAAAAGUGAAAAACAAGCAGAUGGUGGACUUAGGGGGAAAUCGACAAGUCGAGACGGCGGCUACGGAUGGGUAGUUUGCUGUGGGACUUUCAUUGUAAAUUUUGUGGUAUUCGGAAUUCACAACUCAUUUGGUGUUGUGUAUGUUAACCUACUCGAUGAUCUACAACUUGGUGAGAUGCAAACAGCGUCGAUCGGUGCCAUGGCUAUGGGGUUGAACUUCUUCUUUGGUCCUAUAUCAAGUGCACUGUGUGAUCGUUUUGGAUGUCGCGUUGUGUCCUUCGCUGGCGCGUUGCUGUCCGUAUCAGGGUUGUUCCUAACUUCGUUCAUACAAGAAGUUCAUAAAAUGUAUGUGACCUACGGACUUGUAUGGGGAGUGGGUUCUAGUUUCUCCUUCGUGUCGUCCAUCGUUGUCCUUGGUGAGUACUUUAAUAAAAGACUGGCGCUCGCCAAUGGGAUUGCAACAUCCGGGAGUGGCGUAGGCUCUCUUGUUGCCGGGCCGGUCAUAAAUUACCUACUGGGAUCUGUUGGAUGGAAAAACUCCAUGCGCAUUUUGAGUGCGUUUGCUGGACUGUUGUGGUUUGCGGCUAUGAUCUUUAAGCCAAAGAAAAAUCUUCAGUCUACUGGGCAAAGAAGAGAACGUACCAAGUUAUUUGAUACAUCAAUAUGGAAGAAUAAAGCGUAUGUUUUGUGGGUCACUACUGUAGCCGUGUUUCAAUUUGGUUAUCUGAUUCCAUUUAUUCACCUGGUGAAGUAUGCCGAAGAUUUAGGAGUACCAAAAUCUAAAGGCGCAUGGCUAAUUGGCUUUCUGUCAAUUACCUCAACACUUGGACGAGUGGUAUUCGGCAAAAUUUCCGACCUGAAAUUUGUCAACAGGCUCUACAUGUACCAAUUUUCGAUAUUUUCCAUUGGAUUGACCACCCUCUUGUGCCCUCUGGCCAAAAACUAUGCAGGACUUGUGAGUUAUACUUUGAUAUUCGGAUUUUUUGACGGAUGUUUUGUUGGCCAAGUUGCAGUGAUUACAGCUGAUGUGGUCGGACACGAUAAACUUUCUCAAGCAGUGGGAAACAUGUUUGGAACUCUGGCGAUACCAAUGAGUCUUGGACCUCCGCUCGCAGGUUGGCUGCAUGAAGCAUUCGGCACCUAUGAUAAAGCAUUUUACAUUGCCGGUUCUGUGGCGAUAUUUUCUUCUCUCUUGAUUUUUGGUGUAAACUAUAUGAUUCGAAAGCAGUUUACAGAAAGGGAAAUUGAGGAGCAGUUGGGAUUAAAAAGCGACACUUCGCUGAGUGUUUCUGAAGCUGAAACAGCUUCUGACUCUGCUUACAAAGAUACAGAAUCAAAGCCGAUGCUGGAAGAGGAAGAGUACGUGGCCGUCAAUAAAUUUUGCAAGCUGCACUGUGCGUUAAGAACAAGCAAGGCACUUCUUGUGGUCGAC